AUGAAAGAUUCAAAGAAAACUUCUCAGCCAAUAACUAGCCAAGACACUUUGACAAAGGAACAAUGUCCUAAGAGGCAGAAGGAAGCAAUGAGUAAAGUGCCUUACUCAAGUGCAGUUGGGACUAUUAUGUACUUAAUGGUUUGUACAAGGCCAGAUCUGGCCUUUGCCAUAAGUACUUUGAGCAAAUACAUGGCAAAUCCAGGAAAGAUUCAUUGGCUUGCAAUGAAAUGGGUUUUCAGGUACCUAGUAGGGACACCUAAGGUUGGACUCAUCUACAAGCAACAGAAGUUCAGCACCAACAUAGAAGGAUACAGCGAUGCCGACUAUGCCGGGGACAGAGACAGCAGAAAGUCUACUUCAUCUUACAUGUUCCUACUUGGAGGAAACUGUGUGAGUUGGAAAGCCCAACUCCAACCUGUGGUUGCACUUUCAACAAACGAAUCGAGUACAUAUCAACCACGAAGCUAUUAA